AUGCCUCGGAACGCGCUCUCCUCCGAAGCGCCUCUCCCCAUGUCCGCCAUCACGGAGCAGUCCAUCUCGUCGGAUUGGAAUACCAACCGUUUAGGUGCGCGACUGGGAGUCGAUGUCGCCAGUGCGGCGACUGCAGGUGCCUUGACAUGUCCUGUCAUCACCGUCAUUGAUCGCGCGAUCAUCGAAAAAGCAGCCAAGGGCGUCCCCAUCCGCCAGACCAUCACAUCCUGCUUCCGCUCCAUGUUCACACAACCGGGGAGCUUCUUCCUCAGCACCCCAUUCCUCCUUAUCUACACCCUCUACACAUCCACCUACCUCACCGCGAACACCAUUGACACCUUCACCUCCACCGUGCGCGAUAAGCCCUUCUCGACCGUCUUUCCCGGUACCGCCAAAUUCCUCACCACCACCGCCGUGAACAUGGGUAUUUGCGUAUACAAGGAUGCCCGAUUCGCGCGCAUCUUCGGUGCAAAACCCUCUCCUCCUGCAGCGACAUCUGGAGCGCCACAACCCGCUUCCAGAGCUACAUCUACAUCCACCCCAGCCUCCUGCCACCCCUCCGGCGCCGCCAAAGUCCCCAAUGUCUCCUAUGGUCUCUUCUGUCUCCGCGACAGCAUCACCAUCUUCGCCUCCUUCAACAUCCCCGCACUCGUCGCUCCCUCCAUCCCAGACUCCAUCGCCUCCACACCCGGAAUGAAAUCCGCUCUCGCGCAAUUUUCCUGUCCGGCUCUGAUGCAGUUCGCGAGUACGCCUAUGCACCUGCUCGGAUUGGAUCUGUAUAACCGGCAACCGCCGGGCGGGUUGGGAUGGCGUGAGCGCACCUCGCGCAUCAGACGCGACUAUAUCCCCAGUUGCUUUGCGCGCAUGGGCAAGAUUGUUCCGGCGUAUGGUGUGGGUGGUGUGGUAAACGUACGGAUGAGAGCUUCAUUGAUGGAAUAUUUGGAGGGCAAGAAUUAA